AUGCCGUCCGAGGGUCGCUGCUGGGAGACCCUGCAGGCGCUGCGCAGUUCCGACAAAGGUCGCCUCUGCUACCACCGCGACUGGCUGCUGCGGGGCGAGGAUGUUUUGGAAGAAUGUAGGUCUGUUCCCAAGCUCUCUUCCUACUCCGGAUGGGUGGUAGACCAUGUCUUACCCCACAUGCAAGAGAAUCAACCAUCCUCUGAGACUUCAGAAUCCUCCAGAUCCACUUCAGACCUUGAACAACCUUCCUGUGUUCCCAAAUCUCCCGUCAGAACCCCUGCCUUCUCACCAGUUUCCUCAGCAACACCAGAUGGAGCCGAGGACAAACAUGAGUCCCAGCAUGCAGAACCUAUGGCACUUCAGUCCUCCCGGGGGAUCAAAGUGGAAGGUUGCAUCCGGAUGUAUGAGCUGGUGCACAGAAUGAGAGGAAGAGAGGGCCUGAGGCAGUGGCAAGAGGAGCAGGAGAGGAAGGUGCGAGCCCUCUCUGAGAUGGCAUCUGAACAACUGAAGCGCUUUGAUGAACGGAAGGAACUGAAACAUCAUAAAGAAUUCCAGGACUUACGGGAAGUGAUGGAGAAGAGCUCCAGAGAAGCCCUGGGGCACCAAGAGAAGCUAAAAGCUGAGCAUCGUCACAGAGCAAAGAUUCUCAACCUGAAGCUGAGGGAGGCUGAGCAGCAGCGCCUGAAGCAGGUGGAGCAGGAGCGGCUGCGGAAGGAAGAGGGCCAGGUCCGCCUGCGGGGCCUCUAUGGCCUGCAGGAGGAGGUGCUGCACCUCAACCAGCAGCUGGACGCCUCUGAGCAGCAUAAAGAUGUGCUGAAGGUGGACCUGUCCGCCUUCCGGACCCGGGGCAACCAACUGUGCGGCCUCGUCUCGGGGAUCAUCCGGGCCACUUCUGAGAACGGCUUUCCCACAGCAGAGGACCAGGCUGUGGCUGAGAGAGCCCUGCAGGAAAUGCGGGACCUCCUUACAAGCUUGCAGCAGGAGAUCGCCAGGGCCUGUGAGGACAAGAGGAAGCAGGAUUUGGAGGCCCAGGUAAAGCGGCAAGACUCACACAUGCAGCAGGGGCCAGAGGUCCACAGAGAGACCCCAGCUCCCAGCCAGGGCCCAGGAGGGAAACAGAAUGAAGACCUCCAAGUAAAGGUACAAGACAGUACAAUGCGGUGGUACCACCAGCUGCAGGAUGUUUCCAGUCAGUGCGUGUUGGCCUUUGAGGAGCUGACCAACAGCAAAGACAGUCAGGCCAAAAAGGUAAAGAUGGACCUCCAGAAAGCUGCCACCAUCCCAGUGAGCCAAAUCUCCACCAUUGCAGGCUCAAAGCUGAAGGAGAUCUUUGACAAGAUCCACAACCUGCUCUCCGGAAAACCAGUUCAGUCUGGCGGGCGCUCUGUGUCCGUCACACUUAACCCACAGGGCCUGGAUUUUGUCCAGUACAAGCUGGCAGAGAAGUUUGUGAAACAAGGAGAGGAGGAGGUGGCCUCUCACCACGAAGCGGCAUUCCCCAUUGCGGUUGUGGCGUCUGGGAUCUGGGAGCUCCACCCCAGAGUGGGCGACCUCAUUCUUGCACAUCUCCACAGGAAGUGUCCCUACUCAGUUCCCUUCUACCCACCUUUCAAGGAGGGAAUGGCUUUGGAAGACUACCAGAGGACGCUUGGCUACCAAGUGAAGGACUCCAAAGUGGAACAGCAGGACAACUUUCUAAAGCGCAUGUCUGGGAUGAUCCGACUCUACGCCGCCAUCAUCCAGCUCCGGUGGCCGUAUGGAGGCCGACAACAGAUUCACCCUCACGGCUUAAAUCAUGGCUGGCGCUGGUUGGCACAAAUCUUAAAUAUGGAGCCCCUGUCAGAUGUGACAGCCACUCUCCUCUUUGACUUCUUGGAGGUGUGUGGGAAUGCCCUCAUGAAGCAGUACCAGGUACAGUUCUGGAAGAUGAUACUUCUCAUCAAAGAGGACUACUUCCCCAGGAUUGAAGCCAUCACAAGCUCAGGACAGAUGGGUUCCUUCAUACGCCUCAAGCAGUUCUUAGAGAAAUGUUUGCAGCGCAAGGAGAUUCCUGUCCCCAAGGGCUUUCUGACCUCUUCCUUCUGGCGUUCCUGA